AGGAUCAUUCUACUUGAAGCAACGCUACUAUUAAAGCUUUAACGUGUUGUUUCAUCUCAAACGAUUGUGUGAACACACGACUUGAACAGUUAAAUAUGAUUAUCGAAAUUAUACUACAGUGAAAUAUGAGUUAUUAUACGCUGUAUAACACUUUAAACACAUGCUUUACAAAUUCGCCUCAACUUCCAGUGAUUAAAACUGUUACCUGUUACCGAGAGCGGCCUGUAUCGCUAGCAGCAAUGUUACUCACCAUUAUUUUCAUGCAAGAUGUUAUGAGCAGCUGAAACAGAUUUGAGCAAUUGGAUAGUGGCGCGUGCUUCCGUUCAAGAUCAGCUGACACAAGCACGCGGUAGAACUAAAGCUUCAUUCGGAGCGUAUUUUAAAAGUUUAUUUUGAAAACACAAAGAACACAUUUCAGUCUUAUGAGUUGAGAAACGUUUGUGGUGGUCCUCGUUUGAUGCAUCUUUCCUUCUGAACUGUCAUUUCACUACAAUGGCACACAACGAGUCAACGGUUGUAGUGAAUGGAAGUCAGGUGUCCUGCAUUGGGCAUAAUUGGGAAGACAUUCCAGAUUUUCUUGGGGCAAAAUAUGGAGAAGUAGCAAGAAGAUUAGAUCUCAGCUUCAACCAACUGAGGUCACUGACAGGCCUGAAAGCAUUCAGCCAACUGGAAGAGCUGAUUGUGGACAACAAUCUUCUCGGAAAUGACCUCCGGUUGCCCAGGUUACCACGGCUCCAUACCCUAACACUCAAUAAGAACCAAUUCACUGACAUAGAGGCCCUGUUGGAGAAUUUGGCAGAAGUGACGCCAGUGCUGGAAUACCUGAGCCUUCUGGGAAAUGAGGCCUGUCCCAACCAACUGGUCAGCAUAGAUAAAGAUGAAGACGACUAUCAGAGAUACAGGCACUUUGUGCUACAUAAGCUGUCAAAGCUGAAGUUCCUGGACACCAGGAGAGUGACCCAGUGGGAGCGGUCAGAGGCCGAAGCACGUGGAGCUUUCAUGAAGGUGUUCAAGCCAAAAAAUGACCAAGUUUAG